AUGGCAGACCUUGCGGGUACCGCCGUCGGCAUCAUAUCGCUCGGCUUACAGCUAUGCCAGGGGAUAGUCUCGUACAGCGAGGCAUGGCGGGGCUACGACGAGGAGAUUCAAAAUACGAAUAACAAGGCGAAAGCUCUUCGCACGCUACUGAAGACUUUACGUGACACGAUAGAGGACUUACAGGAGACACGACCGCAAGUUGCUGCAGAUCUCGAAGAGAAAGCUAUGAGCAUGCAUAGCUCGAUCGAAAAACUGCGGAAAAUAGUAGAACGGUUUAAGCCUGCUCGGUCAGAAGCUUUUCCGGAGAAAGUGCGCGCUCAGUUGAAGAAGAGUGUUUAUUACUUCCAGAGAGACAGUUUGCAAGACAUGCAGAAUCAUUUGGAUCAGAUUCAAAAUGUUCUCCAGACAUCACUACUGAUAUAUAACUGGCAGGAUACAAUGGAAUCACGAGCCAUGCAGAUUUCAAUGUACGAAGAGAUGCGGAGUAUGCAUUCCACCCUCAAGGAUGCUAUUUCAUCUACAGGCAUGCCGUCGCCAAGUGUACUUCAACUUGCCUGUGAUUCCCAGCUCAAACAACUUCCAAUUAUGCUGUCGAACAGUGAACCAAUGGUACAGGCAAAUCUAGGGGUUGUCAGGUAUGACUUGUACAAACUAGCCGCAUGA